UACCAGCAGGCCUGUGCUUCCCUUGCUGCUGCUCUUAAGGCUGGGUUUGGGAUGCUGUAGCUGGAAACUGCAGAGCUUUGUCUGUUGAAGUGAGAUGCCUUGGAGUCAGCUGGAGGAUAUGUCCUUCCUACACAGAAAUGAAACCCCUCUGUCUGAAUCUUGCUGCAGAAUUGGCUGACUGGACUAGUGUUCACCUUAAUAUCUUUUUCUUACAGUAAGAAAGAUGCUGUGACAAUGGAGUUAAGCUGCUCUGAAGUGCCUCUUUAUGGACAGGUGACUAUACAUGCAAAAUUUGACAAAGACAUUUAUCUCCCCGAGGAUGCUGAGUUUUACUUUGUUUAUGAUGGGUCCCUGAAGAGACACAUAAUGUUUGCUGAGCGAGUUAGUGACAACAGUCUUCAGUCCAUAGUUCCAGGCCAUGGAUACCAAGAAGCAGUUUCUGUGUCUGUGUUGAUGUACACACUGGGUUUCUCCCCUGUGGUCCUCGGCAGCUGUCCCAUCACUUACAGAGAGAAUCUCUCGUGCAAGUUGUCUCGCUUUCUGGUCGACCACGCAGGAUGUGUCACCACCACUAGUCACAAGCUGUUGCUGGAUAAGUUUGGGCUAAGGAUGAAAGAUCUGCAGUCACUGGAUGAUGACUUGAUGAUGGCUGUUGCUUAUGAAAAGUUGCCUUCAACCUGGAACAUCCUUGGAAGCUGCCCAGCAGAGCCUGAACAAAAAGAAACUCUUCUCCACCUUGUGAUGAAGUUGGGCUUGGUUAAACUUUCCCUGUUCUUGGCAGCCCAGCCUGGAGGGUCAUCAGCAUUAGCAUUACCUAAUGAGGAUGGAGCUACACCAUUAGAUUUGGCUUUACAAAAUGGACACUCCAAACUCGUUGAGAUCUUCACAAACUCCCAGGGCAGGCAGCCACUGGGCAUUUCAAGAGCAGAGAUCAGCGAGGGUGCCUGCAUACAGUUUGUUCAUUCAUCUGGAGCUCUGGCGCUGACGUUCAGCCACACUGCACAGCACUUGCUGGAGUCAGACAUUCAGCUCUUCAGAAAAUACUUCUGGGACAGACCUCUUCUUUACCAGAGUAUUAAUUCAAAUGAAGUUGAGACAGUGGAAGGUCCAAAAAUGCCCUGCAGUACAACACGCUCUGUAGAAGGUCCUGUGAGCUUGGCAUCUGAUGAGUUGUCCCAGGAUGAUACAAAGCCUUUCCGAGACUCUGGGGUUCCUUCUAAAGAAAAUGAAGAUUGUGUCUUGUUGGGCAUAGAGCACAGACACUCUACUCUUGAUGUUCUUAGGAAAUUGAAGUCUCCCCCUACUUUCUUUGCUGCAACCAGACUUUCUCCCAUGCUGAGUGGAAGUGAUGAAGUAUAUGCAAACUGCAUGGUAGUAGAUCAAGCUGGAGAUUUAAAGACUAACUACAUUCAUGGAGAUGGUGUCAGCAGUGAGAUGUGUCUGAAUCCCACCAACUCAAUCUUGAUGGCUAAGAGCUCCUCAUCUCCCUCCCUUGAGGAGAAUGAUCAGUUUAUGUAUCUCCCAAGUGAAGAAAGUCAAAGGCCAGUAAAACAAGAAGAAAAUGCAGGAUUAAGACAUACUAUUUCACCUUCCCAUCUGUACAUAGCAGAUUCAUAUCUUCCAUUCAAGACCCAUGGAUUUAUUAAGGAUCGGGGCCAAAUUUAUGCUGACAUGAAAAGAAGAAGCUCCAGUCUCGAUGAUCUUGAAGUAGACAGCGGAAGUGGAGGUGUGUUGGACAGAUCCUGUGUUCACUACCCUCCCCUCAGCUCCUCAGAGGCCAUGGCUCCUAUCAGAGAUGGAUUGGACUUACCCACCAGUCUGCAGCCCAAGGAAUGCACGGUGUUUGGGAUUCGGUCGCGCUCCUAUUCCUGCUCCUCACCCAAAGGUUUGGUAGGAAGACCUCGCAUUCCUCGGGACUUUUCAGUUUCAAAGGAUUCAAAUGGAGAGCCAGCGUGCAGCCUGCCCCAGCAGUCCCGGGAGCAAAGGAUUCAGGAAGAGGAAUGGAAUAAAUAUGUUGUAUCCUCAAAAAAUGAGUCUGAAAAAUAUAAAGUGAGUCGGACCUUCAGCUUUCUGAUGAACAGGAUGACCAGCACACGGAAUAAAUGCAAGACAAAAAAUAAAGAUACCAAAGAUAAGGAGAAACCAACCAGGCACAAUUUUACAAAUGGGACUUUCCCAGGAGUUAUCCCAUGUAUGGUCUGUGAAAAGGCCCUUCUAGGAAAGGAGUCACUGCAGUGUUCCUAUUGCAGUGUGAUUGUGCAUAAAAGCUGCAAGGAGUGUGCUCCUGUGUGCACCAAGAAAUCCCAGGAGAGAUACCAUAACAAAAACAAGCUCCAAGUUGGUGUAACAAAUUCCCUGCCUGGAGACAUUUCACAGAUGGUGCUAUCCUCAGUGCAUCCUUCUUUCUCAGUGCCCAUUAGACUGUCUCCUGGAAAGAGGGAAGCCUCACAACAGUCCUACCUCUUGUCCAAAAGUGUCCCCAGUGCCAGUUUGGAAAGAAGAGCUACACAAUUUUCUGAACAAGACUCUGAGGCUAGCUCCUGGAGGUCUAAGUCACAGUCUGAAGAGAUGUUACAAGCAUUAGGGUCCUUUUCUUCAAUGGAUACUUCUAUGAUGGAAGAUGAUGUGGAUUUGUCUCAGUGGACUGAUCUCUGCACAGAUGCAGAAGAGUUUGAGGCAGAGUCCUGGAGUCUUGUUGUGGACCCCAUGUUCUGUGGCAAGCAAGAAAAGGAUGUUGUCAAGCGGCAGGAUGUCAUUUUUGAGCUGAUGCAAACAGAAGUACAUCACAUCCAUACCCUGUUCAUUAUGUCUGAAAUAUUCAGGAGAGGGAUGAAGGAAGAACUGCAGCUUGACCACAGCAUGGUGGACAGAAUAUUCCCCUGCUUAGAUGAGCUACUGGAGAUGCACAGGCAAUUCUUCUGCAGAAUGAAGGAGAGACGGCAGGAAUCAUGUGAGGCAGGGAGCGAGCGCAAUUUUGUCAUCAGCAGAAUUGGAGACAUCCUUGUGCAGCAGUUUUCAGAGGAAAAUGCAAUUAAAAUGGAGAAAAUAUAUGGAGAGUUUUGUAGCCAUCAGAAAGAAGCUGUUAAUCUCUUCAAAGAGCUACAACAAAACAAGAAGUUCCAGAAUUUUAUUAAACUGAGAAAUAGCAACCUGUUGGCACGACGCCGAGGAAUCCCUGAAUGCAUUCUGCUCGUCACCCAGCGAAUCACCAAAUACCCUGUUCUGGUUGAAAGGAUAUUGCAAUACUCAAAAGAAGGAACAGAAGAACAUAAAGACCUGUGCAAAGCCCUUCGUUUAAUUAAGGAUGUGAUAGCAGCAGUAGAUUUGAAAGUGAAUGAGUAUGAGAAAAAACAAAAGCUCUUGGAAAUUCUGUGUAGAACUGAAAACAAAACAUAUACAAAGCUGAAAAAUGGCCACGUUUUUAGGAAGCAAGACUUGAUGAGGAAAGAGAGGAUACUUCUUCAUGAAGGUUUAGUGUACUGGAAGACAGCAACUGGUCGGUUCAAAGACACCUUAGCUCUGCUUCUAACUGAUGUACUACUGUUCUUACAAGAAAAGGAUCAAAAAUACAUCUUUGCAGCUGUUGAUCAGAAGCCUUCAGUUAUCUCCCUUCAGAAGCUCAUAGUAAGAGAAGUAGCCAAUGAAGAAAGGGGGAUGUUUCUGAUCAGUGCCUCAUCUGCAGGGCCUGAGAUGUAUGAGGUUCAUACCAGCUCCAAAGAAGAACGCAACAACUGGAUGAGGCAUAUUCAAGAGGCAGUGGAAAGAUGUCCAGAGGAAGAAGAAGUAAAAAUGAAUGAAUCUGAUGAGGACAGACGUAUUACUGAGGCCAAGGCAUACAGAAUUCAGAAAUAUCAAGAAUCACUGAAUAACCAUGACCAGCAAAUCUGCAAUUAUUUAGAAGAAAAGUUGCGCAUCUAUGCAGAACUGGGGGAUCUGUGUGGGUUUGACGAUGUCCAUGUGGAACCUCACCUACUUAUCAAACCUGAUUCUGGAGAAACUCCACAAGCUGCUUCACUGCUGGCAGCAGCACUCAGAGAGGUUGAAAGUCUUCAUGUCGCUGUAACAUCACAAGUGAGCGAAACAGACAGAUCACCAGGGGAAAGUACCGAGGAAUUAAGUGUGAAGCAUGGAUUCACUGCCAAUGAAAUACUGGAAUCUGUUCUGGCUGAUGCAGAAAGAAAAGAAAUUGAAGAAUCACCAGAAAUUGAUCUCACUGUUGAAAAGGAAAUGGCAGGGGCCAAUCUUGAGGAUAAGGGAGCAAGUAUGAAUUUUUCAGGAUCUACAGGGACAGAGAUUGUACAAGCAAUCCAGAACUUAACACGUCUCUUAUACAGCAUGCAGGCAGCACUAGCUAUCCAGGACAGCCACAAAGAGCUCCAUAGGCUACUACUGCAAGAGAACGAGAAGACCGGCCGGAGCCACGGCUCUCGGCUAAACCUGGUUUUGGAACAAGAGAAAUAUCGGAAUCUGGAGAAGCAAAGGGUGGAGCUGGGCGACGCAGAGAAGCUGAAGCAGCAGUUCCAGCAAGAGCAGCAGCGGUGGCUGCGGGAGUGCGAGCAGCGGCAGCGGGAGCAGGAGGCGAGGCGGGGCGGGCUGGGGCAGCGGCGGCGGCGCUGCGAGCGCCAGGAGCAGCUGCUGGAGCACGGCCGGCAGGAGCUGGAGCUGCAGCUGCACGAGUACCAGCAGAGCCUGGAGAGGCUCCGGGAGGGCCAGGAAAUGGUGGAGAGAGAAAGGGACAGUGUGAAAAUGCAGAAGAAACUUGUGUGGCACUGGAAGCACGGUCAGCAAAACAGCCUGUUUUCACGCACAGGGGACUACGAGAUAAUGGGACAUAAUCAAUUGGACAGUUUACAUGGUGAAAAUGCAUUCCACUUCAAUGAAGCUGUAUGUGUGUGUGUGUGUCUAAGCAGAAUCAACAGAUCAGACUCUUCUCUCAUUUAUGAGGAUGGUGUGUAUGGGAUGAAUAUCUCAGGUUCUCAGGUAGCAGGGACUAAUGAAAAUCAGGUGGACAUCAAAAUGGACACUUCUUGUCAGCCAGCAUUAAAGUGGAAAUCCAUUAGUCCUUAUCAGCAGAUGUCUUUUACCUGCAAAAGCAACAAGAAUUCCUUUAAUAAUGAUCUGAAUGCAUCACAGACCCAGGGUCCCCAGAAAAGCACUCCAAACCAGGGAUCCAUCCAGUCACCACAGGUAGUUGAACUGCUGCUGAACCACCAGACUGAGAGCCUGCAGAAUGCAGAUAAUGGAGCCAGAGUAGAGGAAAAGAUUGUUUACCUCUGAUAACUUGUUUUCUACUCUCAGUAGCACUUUGGAAAGAUAACUGUGUUUGCUUUUCUAAAUUUCUGUAGUCGUUCUCUGUAUGACCAUCUGGCUUUAAGGGUAGUAUUUAAUAGUAAAUGCAAAAUUUCCCCGUGAUAAAUGUAGCAAAUAAGUUAUUUUGAAUAUAAUCUUUAAUUUAUAACAUGAUUUCAAAUGCUUUGCAAGGAGCAAUGAGUAGCAGAGGAAACAACAUUUUGAAAUUGUAAAGAUACCACCAAGGACUGUGAAAGCUAGUGUUGAUUUUCUUGAGUCCUAUUUUUACAAGGAUGAGCUAAGAAAGAUGGGUCUGCUACUUGAGAUUUCAGAGUGUGUAUCAGUAACCUUCUAACAGUUGUGAUUUAACAUGAGAAGACAGCAAUGUAAGAAUGAUGGCUCUAGUCUUUGCUGAAAUGUGCUAUAUACCCUUAGCUGUUGGGUCAUUUUCCUUAUCUACUAGCUCAGGAACUGCUCAGAAGGGGAUGUUUUUUUUUAAUGAUCUGAGCAUAAUUGCAUAAUUUUAAGUGUUUUUUCAUGUCCCAAAGCCUAUUAUCAUUUUGAUACUACUGCCAGUUUCUGUGCAGAGAUGCACUAAAUCAGUUACUGUAUUAUAACUGUUCCUCAUUUCAGUAAGUGUCCUUACACAUUAAAAUUUACCAGAUGAAACCAUCUCACUGGUCAAAAGAAAAAAAGGGGGAUAAAUAGUAGGCUUCAGUUAACAGAACUCUUCUGAAACUGCACUGCUUUCCUGUGUAGAAGUCAGAUAGCUUUCUGCUUUCAGAUUCACAGGGUUCUCCUUGUGUUAGGCAGUAAGAAACCUGCUUUGUGCCUUUUUGUGCCUUUUUGUCUUUCUGAAAAAUUUGUACACUUCUGUAAAACUGAAUAAAUGUUCUGUGCAUUUCU